GGGAAGUGUGAACCGAUUAGUCCCGAGCAAGACAAGUCCAGCCCAUGUGUCCACUGCUCAGUGUGACGGUUUAAGGCUCUCGCUCGUUUGGUUCCGUGGAGCAACCCUCCCACCUACCGGAGGAGUCUCGCGACAGCCUGCAGGCUUUCAGCAAGAAACCCGUCACGAGCCAAUAAACACCCGGCCAGAGAGCCACCGGCAUUUGUUUCAGGUAGUUAACGUUAGCGAUGAGUGGCGCCAUGCAUUUUAAAAACUGCGGCUCUGUGCUGGUGACGGGAGCCAGCCGAGGUCUCGGGCUGCAGGUCGUCGGCAGCCUGGCGAGUGGAGACUUCUCACCGGGCAAGAUAAUCGCCACGACCAGGAGCCCCGCGAGCGCGCAGAAACUUCAGGAGCUGGCAGAGAAACAUCCCAACAUCCACAUCAUCACUUUGGACGUAGUGAACCAGGAGAGCAUAGAUCACUCUGUGGAGGAGGUGGGCCAGCUGGUGCAAGAGGAGGGUCUGAACUGCCUGAUCAACAAUGCAGGGAUCAACGUGGUGGCCGACUUUCAAACCGCCACUGCAGAGAUGAUGAUCGAAAACUUCCACACCAAUGCGGUGGCUCCUCUAAUGAUCACCAAGGCCUUCCAGCCUCUGUUGAAACGAGCUGCGUUGAGAGGAGGAGCAGGUGGCGUGGGGAGCAUGGGCAUCCAGAGGGCGGCGGUCAUUAACAUGACGUCUCUGCUCGGUUCCGUGGAGCUCAACUGGGGCGAACGGGCCAACAACUUCAAAUGGUACCCCUACAGGACGUCCAAGAGCGCCCUGAACAUGGUGAGUCGCUGUAUGGCUGUAGACCUGGAGCCUGAUGGGAUUCUCUGUAUGGCUGUACAUCCCGGCUGGGUCCGCACUGACAUGGGGGGGUCUGAGGCUCCACUGAGUCCGGAGGAGAGCGUUUCUUCUCUCCUGACUGUGAUCGGUGGCCUGACUGAAAAGGAUCACGGGUCAUUUCUGAACUUUACGGGAGAGAUUUUGCCUUGGUGACUCAUCUUAUAAGCCCGUCUAACGGAUCUGAAUGGCUAUUCAGUCCAGUUAGGAUCAUCGUCAACUAGUUAAACUAGCAAAGUUAAACGACUCAGAGAGCACAGCGUUUUAGAAAAUCCGACGUACUGUCCACCCAGUAUACUGAUAGAUGCUUUACAAAAGCAUCUAUCCAAGCUGUGUUCAAAUGGAAACAUUAACGUAUACAUCAACGUCAUUGUCCCAGACAAAAAUACUUUGUUUUACCCCUGAGUUUUACGGUUGUAUUGAUAGAUAGAUAGAUAAGUACUUUAUUGAUCCCUAAAGGGAAAUUCAGGAUCCAAGUAGCUCCAAACAUCACACAAACAUAAUAUACACAUAUUGUGAGGAUUUGCAGAAAUGAAGUGAAUUAUCUGCAGUUUCACUUUCUAAUAUAGUAUCUACAGACAGCAUGUGCAAUACCACAUGUGCAAUAGUUCAGGCUGCUGCUUAAAUACGGUAAAAUGGAAAUUGUUUACCUAUUUUUAGUAAUUAUUUUAGAUCUUUACUGUUUAGAGUUUUGAGCAUCAUUGUUGUGAAACGGUAUUAAAAGGUUUAAAUUCC